AUUUGAUUGGUCAAUGAGUAUAUAAUAAAUGUCAUCAAUCAAUUCGUCGAAGAAAUUGCUAUUGUUCUGUUUUCAGCCAUAUAAUGUGCUCGCUCCUAUAAAAAAGAAAUCCAAAAUGGAAAACAUUUACGGCAUUCAUUUUUAAAUAAAAUGUCGACUCUAUAAAUUAGUUGAACUAUGACGUUGGAACUGUGAUAAGAGAAAGAGACUGUAUUGAUUAUCAUUAAUCUUCAAUUUGGCAUAAUCAUUCAAAUAGAGAUAUUUUCAGAGUAUAAACAAAAGAAAACAAAAAUGCCAAUUGAUUUUCCUGCAUUUGCUUAUGCUGCAGCUGUUGCUGGCGGUGGCAUUUUAGGUUAUGUAAAAUCACAUUCUAUUCCAUCUCUUGCUGCGGGAUUAAUCUUUGGAUCCGUUCUUGGUUAUGGAGCUUUUCAAACGUCUCAAGAUCCAGCCAACGUUGGAGUCUUAUUAGGAACAACUACUGCGCUUGGAGGUUUGAUGGGUUAUCGGUUUUAUAAUACUAGAAAGAUUAUGCCAGCUGGAGUGAUAACGAUCAUGAGUGCUGCGUUGAUAGUAAGGAUAGUCACAAGAUAUUUCUCACCACCUGUAAAGGCAAAUUAAACAGGGAGCUUGUAACGCAUAUUGUUUAUAAAUAUAAAUAUAUAUAUAUAACGGUAUCAUAAAACUGGGAAAAAAAUAUAUUUAAUUCCAGAGUAUAUAUGUAAUUCAUACAUAAGUUUUCUUUUCAUGUAUAAUAUACGUAGAAUAUUUUUCUAGAAUAAAUAUGUAAACUCAUU